AUGGCGAAAGGUCAGCUCUGGCUCCUCAUGAGAGAAACGGACAGAAGGAGAGAGGACGGUCAAGGAGACAGCGGCGUGCUGGGAGAUAUCACGAGCCCGUCUGACACAAUGAGAAAAGUUGGACUUAUUGGAGUGCUGCUGUUACCCCAGGCGCCCUGGUCAUCAGGGUGUCACCCUCAUGUUAAUCUUGUGAAAGAGGAGGAGAAGUGCAUGAAAGACCUGUCACACAAAGCAACAGAAAACAACAUCAGCGUACACUGUAAGGGAAUGUGGGAUGACCUGAACUGCUGGCCACCAGCUUCUCUUGGAGAAACUGUCUCUCAACCGUGUCCAAACCAUGAGUUUUUUAAUUCAGAAGGUAAAGUGUAUCGCAACUGCACCGCCAGUGGCUGGUCAGACGCGCUCAUCCCACAUGAAGAUGCAUGUAGCUACACUUUCAAUGAGACGCUGCACUUUCUUGGAGAGUCCUCAGAUUCCCAUUUGUAUUUCUCCUACGUGAAGACCAUGUACACUGCUGGAUACACACUCUCUCUCAUCUCUCUCACCAUCGCCAUCACCAUAUUCUGUCUGUUCAGAAAGUUGCACUGUACCAGGAACUACAUUCACAUCCAGGUGUUUAUCUCCUUCAUCCUGAGAGCCAUCUUCAUCUUCAUCAGAGACUCUCUGCUGUUUAGUAAUGAAGAGCUCUACCACUGUGACUACUACCCGGUGGCAUGUAAGGUUGUGCUGAUGUUUUCCAACUACUCCAUCCUGGCAAACUACAGCUGGCUGCUGGUGGAGGGUCACUUCCUCUUUACCCUGGUCAGCCGCUCCUUCUUCUCCCUGAAGAAACACCUCGCCUGGUACAUCGUCCUAAGCUGGGGCGUACCACUGAUUGUUAUCAUCUCCUGGGGUUGUGCCAAGUAUUUUUAUGAAGACGAAGGCUGUUGGGAAACCAGGACACAUGCAUGGAUUUGGUGGAUCCUCCGAGUGCCAGUUCUUCUAACUAUAUCUAUGAAUCUCAUAUUUUUCUUGGGCAUUUUGAGGAUACUGGUGGGCAAACUCAGAAUGUCGGAUGCACAGAGGAAUGAAUUCUGCCAGUAUAAGAGGCUGAUCAAAUCCACAUUUUUUCUGGUGACUCUGUUCGGUCUGCAUUACAUCCUGUUUGUUUUCUUACCUGUUGAAGUCAGCAGCUCAGUGUUUAAGAUAUGGACCCUUGCAGAACUGGCCCUGUCAUCCACACAGGGUUUUGUGGUCGCUGUGCUCUACUGCUUCAUGAACGGAGAGGUGCAGCACGAAAUUCAGAGGAGGUGGAGGAGGUGGAGGCUGACUCAGCACCUCCCCAGUCGGCCCAGACAGCAUCACGGCUCCAUCAGCCACAGCGGGUCUCCUCACACGCAGGUCUCCCUGCUGCCCUGCUCUCCAGGCAGCCCGACAACCAGCGGGCUCCCAGUGGAUACUCUGGAGAUGUGAUUCGCGUCGGGAUUUACUCAUUUUCCCCACUCUCCUUGUCGAUACAGAGGGGAACCUGGCUU